GGCAGAGAGAGGCCACUUUUUAUGGCGAGCGAAUAAAACCCAGCAGCUUUAUGUGUUGAGGACAAAGACCGCCCGAGCGUCUGUGUGUUCGUCAUGGAUGAGAGCAGCGAUGCCGCUGUCCUCGUCACGCGCUCCCCCGCGGCCAUCUCCCCCUCCCCGGCCGGGUCGGUGCCGGGGCCUCGGCCAGCCGGGGCCCGGGACGCCCCCCACAGCUUCCAGCAGAAACAAGCCGACGACUCGCUCAUCCAAGUCAUCGAGAAGCUCAGCAAGAUAGUGGAGAAGCGGCCGCAUCGCCGCUGCACCCUGGGGGCCCAGAAACGAGGGGUCCACCUGCUCUCCUCCGCCAGGGGGGGAGGCGUGGAGGAAGGGUUGGGCUGUGGAGAGUCUCUUUCCAAGAGACUGAAGGACGACUGUAGCGAGGGGUUUGAAGCCGACGGCAGCCCGGCGGACGGUUCACCUGUAUCAGGUGACGAUAACAACAACAUCAGCUCCGCGGAAGCGGACGUCACCGGCAUCUCCAGCAGCAGGCGGACGGUGACGUGCUAUCAGUGCAGCCUGUGUCCCUACCUCUCCCAGACGCUGCCCCAGCUGAGAGAGCACCUGAAGCAGCACAACGAGCAGCACAGCGACCUCAUCCUCAUGUGCUCCGAGUGCCACUUCACCUCCGCGGACCAGGCGCAGCUGGAGGCCCACGUCAAGCUGCACUUCGACGACAGCGGCGGCAUCGACGUGGCGAGGAAUCCCUCCCACCUGGAUCUGAGAGGAGACGUUUUCACCGCCGAUCACUGCCCCGUGGGACCGGAGAUGGUCAGGAAUCCCAAGGAGCGGCCGCAGAAAAAGAACUGGUACAGCUUCGAGGAGUACGGCUUGUACCGCUGCCUUAUCUGCAGCUACGUGUGCAGCCAGCAGCGCAUGCUCAAGACCCACGCCUGGAAGCAUGCCGGCCUCGUGGACUGCUCCUAUCCCAUUUUUGAGGACGAAGAAGGAGCGGCCAAAAGGAGAGAGGCGCCAAGCGCCGCCGGCAACGUGGCAACCGCAGAGAAUUUGGUGGUUCUUCAAGAUAAAAGCCUCGCGAAGCUCCCCGGCGCCUUCAAACUGCAGCUGUGCAUGCCCGUGGCCGCCGAGCACAAGAAGGACGCCCUGAAUAUUCCGGUUUCCAACCUCAGCGAAAGUAUCAAAACAGAGGAAGACAAGGAAGCCGUGUACCCCAAAGAGAUGAAGUCGGAGGACGGCGUGAUGGAGGUGCAGGUGACGACGGAGGCGGACGCGGAGGUGGAGGUGGAGAGUAGCGCCUCGGUCGCCGACAGCCUGCUGUCGUCGGCUCAGAAGAUCAUCAACAGCAGCCCCAACAGCGCCGGCCACAUUAACGUCAUAGUGGAGCGGCUCCCUUCGGCCGAGGACGCCGUCAUGGUGAGCAAGCCUCUCCUCCUCGGCCCAGACGUGGCCAGAGACGAGGAAGAAGCCGAUGGGGAAGAGCAGGACCGCAUGGCAGGCUUGAAGAACCCGGGGGUUGUCGCCUGCGCCCCAGUGAGCACCGACAGUCAGCCGUUAGGAGGCGACGGUAAACACUCGGUCGGUAAAAGUCCUGACUCCCCGAGGGAUGAAAACGUCCCCCCCGCCGGUCGCAAGAGGACGCACUCGGAGUCGCUGCGUCUGCACUCGCUGGCUGCGGAGGUGCUGGUGGCCAUGCCCAUGAGGACGCCGGAGCUGCCCGCCCCCAGCCAGAAGGUGGAGAGCCCUAACACGGGCCAGGCAACGCACCAGGUGAGCUCGGGUCAGAAGGGCCCGGACCUGGGCUCGGCUCGGCUGCUGGACCUGGAGCUCCGCGGCAGCUGCAAGGAGGAGGACCUGGGACCGCUGGGGAUCGGGGAGGGAGACGAAGAGAGCCCCUCCACCAAAGCCGGCAUCAGCCUGUCGCUGCUCACCGUUAUCGAGCGGCUCCGAGAGCGUACGGACCAAAACGCCUCGGACGAAGACAUUUUGAAAGAGCUUCAGGAUAACGCGCAGUUUCAGAACGGCGCCGUGGCCGGCGUGGUGGCGGGGAGCGGCGCCGAGAGCUACAUGUGCGGCCUCCCCGGCAUGGAGGGGUUGGUGGGCUCCCCCGACGGGGGCUUGGUGGACUACAUCCCCGGCAGCGAGAGGCCGUACCGCUGCCGCCUGUGCCGCUACAGCAGCGGCAACAAGGGCUACAUCAAGCAGCACCUGCGGGUGCACAAGCAGCGGCCGCCGUACCAGUGUCCCAUCUGCGAGCACAAGGCGGAGGACAGCAAGGACCUGGAGAGCCACAUGAUCCACCACUGCAAGGCCAGGAUGUACCAGUGCAAGCAGUGUCCAGACACCUUCCACUACAAGAGCCAGUUAAAAAGCCAUGAAAGGGAGCACCACAGCCUCGGCAGGGACGCGACGGCACUGGCAGCAGUCACCGAAACCACCGCCGUGGAGGAACCUGAACAAACAGUGGAUGAAGAAUGCAGUGUGCCAAAGAUGUUUAAAUGUGACGUAUGCAACUACACCAGCUCCACGUAUGUCGGUGUGAGGAACCACCGGCGGAUUCACAACUCCGACAAACCUUAUCGGUGCUGCAGCUGUGACUUCGCCACCACCAACAUGAACAGUCUGAAGAGCCACAUGAAGAGGCAUCCUCAGGAGCACCAGGCCGUGCAGCUGCUGGAGCAGUACAGGUGCUCUCUGUGUGGUUACGUGUGCAGUCACCCCCCGUCGCUCAAGUCCCACAUGUGGAAGCACGCCGGGGACCAGAACUACAACUACGAGCAGGUCAACAAAGCCAUCAACGAGGCCAUCUCCCAGAGCAGCCGAGCUCCCCAGAAGCUGGAGUCGGUGACCGAGUGCCCGACGGGGGCCUCGCGCUCAAAAGAAAAAGCGAAGGCUCAGGCGGAUCCCCCCCCAGCGUCCACACCGGCGGCCCCCGCCGACGGCCCGGCGGGGCCCCCCCCAACCCCCACCACGGACACUACGCAGUGCCAGGCCGGGUCCCCGAGCCCCGAGGGGAAGGAGCCCCAGGGCUACUCACGGACAGGCCCCCUGCCGGCCCCCGGCCCCGGCAUGGAGUACUGCGUCCUCCUGUUCUGCUGCUGCAUCUGCGGCUUCGAGUCCACCAGCAAGGAGCGGCUGAUGGAGCACAUGAAGGAGCACGAGGGAGACAUCAUCAGCAUCAUCCUCAACAAGGAGCAGCAGGCGGACGCCCCGCCCAGCCUCCAGAGGGUGGAGUGAGACACGCCCUCCCCUCCCCUCCCUCACCCGGUGCAUUCACAGUGCUGCUCACUAAAGCAUUUCGUCGUUUAUUUACCUCAAGGAGCUUACGGGGGUGCAACCGUUUCCCACCAGGCAUCAGUUUCAGCUGCCACAUCCCUGUCAAACGCAGGUUCCUGGAGCAGGUUCCUGGAAGAGGUACCCAGGGCAGGUUCCUGGACGGAUAUUAGAGGAUUUUCGGAGUAAAAAGGAACAUUUAUAAGCUUGUGCUCCCAGUUUUGAGUCACAUUAAGAAGCUUUGACCCAAGUUAGUUCUCUCUUUUUUUUUUUUUUCUUUCUCCCCCCUGAGAUUAUACCUCAUAAAACCACACAAUCCCUCCGCACAAAGUGAACAUAUUCCCCCGUUUUCCAGGCUAAUUUCUGUAAUCUUGACUGUAAGGCAGCUCUUUAUUUGCUACUGUAAUAUUUAAUACUUAACACAGUUGAGGCUCUAAUCUAGUAAAAAGGAGGUACGUGCGCUUAUUCACUCUCGCCUGAAGGCAGCAACCACAACUUGAGUAUCCUCUAAUAUUUAUCAGUUUAUUUUUAUUUGAAGUAGUUUCAGUUUGCUGAUUUAAAGAGGAGCUCCGUUCAGUUUUCUUUGUUUGUAUCCUUUCUUGUAAUUGUCCUUGUAAAUUGUUUUGAGAGAAAGGAGAAAGGAGUAGUUGUUGGAGGAGCCGGGGAAAGUGAUGGAGGUACGGAGGAAUCGGCCUCUUGGUGACUGUAAUACACCAGCAAAGGAGGUAGUUGGAGCAAAAAGGGAAGUUAGUGUUGAUGGAACAAACCGAUUGGUGCCAAAGUGUUUGAAAAUAGGAAUUUGUUCUGUUGAAAGGAAGAAAAAAAAAAAGAUUGUCUCUUAUUCUGGUGCUAGGUUCAUUUUUUUAGAUUUUAAAUCUGUAAUCUGUUUUUUUAUAUACUUUGCUGUUAAUGUUGUACAUAGUAAUAUGUUUUCUAUAAUCUUUCCAGGUUCUUUUAAACGUUGAGAAUUCCUCGUGUCAGGUGGGACUUGAAAUAAGGGCAGUACACGGAGAAAAUGAGAAUAAAAAGCUUGACGUAGCUCUUCCUCUUUGACAUGACUGAGUGGAAGCAGAUAGGUAAUGCGAUUACCACAAACUUUAUCUUUAAAAAAACAAAAAAAAAAACAAUUGGCACAAUGAAAUGAUGACAAAUUGAAACUUGGAUCCAAAUCGAACCCUCAUAUCUCAAAAGAUGUUGACAGUUCGGACGGAAACAAACGGUGCUUGAGCUUACCUUUCGUCCCCCACUGCCCCGCCAGUACAGGAAAGUCACGGUUGUAAAUCCACAGCACUCUCGUAUCCUUUUAAUGUCUGUAAAUGGAGCAGAAAAGGAGCCAGCUGUGCCUCGCAGAGAUGCACUUUCAUCCAGGUAGCUCCUGCGUCUCGGGGCUCUGGUCGGAAACGAGCGGAGACGCCGAGUGUUAAAGAUGUUCAUGUUCAGACCCCCAUCGCCCACAGGGUGUGUGGAGAGGAGAAAAUGUUCACAUCACUGAGUGCCACGACCGAACCUCCCGGUUAUGAGCUGAAAACGACCCCGAGGCCGUUAUCAUUGCCUCCCGGACCGGACUUACGGGACGCGGCUGCAGCCUCUGCAGUGGGCCGUUAUCACCCAGAUCAGCACACUUUAAUUAAUGUCAGAACUGUGCCGUUCAUGUGGGAAACAAAUGUUUUUAAAGAAAGGAAAUUAAGAUAAUGUGUAAUAUCAGUAACCCCCCCUCCACCUGCACAUGUCAGCCCCACACCAUGUGUGUGUGUGCGUGCGCAGCAAGAUGGAUAAAAUAAAAUGAGAUGUCUGAAAAUCUGAUUAUCAAAGCAGAUAAUUAUUACUUUAAUUUGCAGAGCAGUAUAAUGAAAUUAUAGAUAACACUGAUGUGUGAAGAAGCAAAAGAAUGAAUAAAGGAGCACAAACAUCGUAGGAGUUUAAAGUCCAGGCCAACUGCAGUCAAACGCAGCGCUUUCCUCAUCAUAAAUAGAUAAAAGCUUGUAAUUAUCCGGCUUCAAACACGAGCCUACUGAGUUUGGGUUGUUUUUAUCGGAGGCUGUUUUUGCUGACAUCCCUCGGCGCCACAAACCUCCGCAAAACAAAGAACUUUGCUCAAAGUCCAAUUAGCGAGUGAUCCACUCAGAUGAAUUUGAACAAUACCCGAAGAAAAGACUCCAAGCUGUGCUCCUCUGUUUCAGCUCUCAUCUGUGCGACGCGCCGUCGCCGGUGAGAACGCGCUCUGCCUUUUAUUCACCCUCUUCCCCCUUUAGCAUGUGUCAAAUCUCAGAAGUCUUACUAAAUUUUACUGUUAUGACUGUGUGGCACUUUCAGGUUUUUUUCUUUGUAUGUGCAAAAAGCAACAACUUGCAUUAGUGUGUCAAGACCCCCCCACCCCAUCCCACCGCCAAGACGGUAAAGGUGAAAGGUGAAGCACAAAUGUUUUGCUGGGCUGUUUGGUUCAUCUGUACCGAGGGAUCAUUUCAUUUAGUUGUAGAUUUAUGUUGGAGGUGGAUGUUUGGAUCCUAACUGUGUCUGAUCCUCUUUGAAAACCAUCCAGACAUCCAUGUCUCCGUAUUUACAGGUGUACUUCCCCCCUCCGUUAAACGAGGCCGUCAGAAGAACCUGAAAUUCUUACAAAAGAGGGGGAAGUGGCAUUAAAUAUGACCGCUGACAACUGAAAUGAGGCAUAAUUUGUUUAUUUUUCGUGGGCUGUGAACUCAGCUCUGAGCUCAGCGCGCUUCGGGCCGGUUCUUCUGUAGUUUCCGACUGAAAAGGUGCGCCGUCAUCGCUGGAAACAGCUGACAGGCUCUGCAAAACGGUGCAUUUCAGCAGAAGCCUGACAGCAGACCAACACGCAGCGUUGACGCCACCUGGAAAGAGCAGAACAGGCCCGUGGCGGCGUUUCAGGUCGACGGAGGCGUCGUUGUGCUGCCUCUCGUUGCCUGGUAACAAGAAGACUUGAUGGUAAAUACCUCAAAAUAUUCAAAUAUCCUUUUCGGCACACGUUAGUGUGGACGCAUGUGUUCACAGCCGUCAGGGUCUCCACUUCUGCUACCUACUGCCAACUUUUAUUUAACUCUCACCUUCUUUCAGUUGUUUCAGACGUCUGUGCCUUUUGGUUCAAGGUUUUCAAAUUUGUCAGUCAAACAUCUGUCAGAUUGAAAUGGUUUGUUCUUGACGGGCUGAAAUACCCAGUUGGUGAUAGUACCGGGUACGAUCAGCGUACCGGCUUCCCGCCAGCAAUUCACCCUCUUUUUUUUUUUUUUUUUUAUCGUCAUUAUUACCGUUCUGAGCACAGUUGGGGGGGGGGACACGUGCAACGCACCAAGUAUGUGAAACGGCUGACUCUUUGCAUUUUAAGUGUACAUAGGCCUACAGCAGAACCUUAAAUAAACUGACUUUUUCUUCAAAGUAUAUUUGUAAUGAUCUUGUUAAAAAAAUAGAAAUGUAAAAAAAAAAAAAAAACACUUUUUAAAAAGUCGAUUUGUUCCGUUUUCGUGCGCUGCCAGUCAUUUUGAAGGGAAAUGUUGGUUUUUAAGCUAAACGCAGCAAAAACGAGCUGCGUGCAUUUCAACCAAAACAGGUGUUUAUUCGGAUGACCCUAUUUUUAUGCUUGUAUCAGAUUUUGUAAUGGAGAUUCAACAUGUGGUGUGACACGCGCUUUGUGUUUAUUUAUUUUUGGAACAUCAUGGGCAGUAUUAUGUCACUUUGCCAUUGUAUUUUUUGGUAAUAAAAGUCAA